GGCUGAGGAGGGAGCGAGGGUGGGCUUGGUGUAUUGCAGGCGCCAUGUCGCGGCGGAGGUGGCGAGGCUCGCAGAGCGGCGAGGGCGGCGGUGGCGGUUCGGGCCGAGAUAUGGUGAAGAUGGCGGGCGGGGGUGGUGGCGGAGGAGGAGGAGGCGGCGGCGGCUCGGGCCGCUACUACGGAGGAGGGCCUGAGGGCGGCCGCGCCCCGAAGCGCCAGAAGACGGAGAACGCCGAUCACGGCCCGGGGGGAGCGGCCGGCGGGGAGAACUACGAUGACCCUCACAAGCCUGCUGCUUCCCCUGUGGUCCACAUCAGGGGUCUGGUCGACGGUGUUAUGGAAGCUGAUCUUGUGGAGGCCCUGCAGGAAUUUGGCCCCAUCAGCUAUGUGGUGGUGAUGCCCAAGAAGAGGCAGGCCCUGGUGGAAUUUGAAGACAUUCUGGGAGCCUGCAAUGCUGUGAACUACGCGGCCGACAACCAGAUCUACAUCGCUGGGCACCCGGCCUUUGUCAACUACUCCACCAGCCAGAAGAUCUCACGCCCUGGGGACUCUGACGAUUCCAGGGGGGUCAACAAUGUCCUGCUCUUCACCAUCCUGAACCCCAUCUAUUCCAUUACAACGGAUGUGCUGUACACAAUCUGCAACCCAUGUGGCCCAGUACAGCGGAUUGUUAUCUUCAGGAAAAAUGGAGUCCAGGCUAUGGUGGAAUUUGACUCUGUGCAGAGCGCUCAGAGAGCAAAGGCAUCUCUGAAUGGGGCUGACAUUUACUCUGGUUGCUGUACUUUGAAGAUUGAGUAUGCAAAGCCCUCUCGUUUGAAUGUGUUCAGGAAUGACCAGGACACGUGGGACUACACCAACCCCAACCUCAGUGGACAAGGUGAGCCAGGUGGUAAUCCAAACAAGAGGCAGAGGCAGCCCCCUCUCCUCGGGGACCAUCCUGCUGAAUAUGGUAAGAGGCUGGCUGCAGGUGUCAGCAUCCCGGGGAGGUGGGGUUCCAGCUCAUCUGUUUGGGCUCCUGAUGUUUGUCGUCCCCCUCCAGGAGGACCUCACGGUGGCUAUCAUGGGCACUAUCACGACGAAGGUUAUGGCCCUCCACCACCCCACUACGAGGGAAGGCGGAUGGGCCCGCCGGUGGGUGGCCGCCAUAGGGGACCGAGCCGCUACGGCCCGCAGUACGGGCACCCCCCUCCUCCCCCGCCACCCCCAGAAUUUGGCCCCCAUGCUGACAGCCCAGUUUUGAUGGUCUACGGCUUGGACCAAUCCAAGAUGAACUGUGACCGGGUCUUCAAUGUCUUCUGCCUGUACGGGAACGUGGAGAAGGUAAAGUUCAUGAAAAGCAAACCUGGAGCUGCCAUGGUGGAAAUGGCCGAUGGCUAUGCUGUAGACCGAGCCAUUACCCACCUCAACAACAACUUCAUGUUUGAGCAGAAGCUGAACGUCUGCGUGUCCAAGCAGCAGGCCAUCAUGCCUGGCCAGUCCUAUGGCCUCGAGGACGGCUCGUGCAGCUACAAGGACUUCAGCGGCUCUCGGAACAACAGGUUUUCAACCCCAGAGCAGGCAGCCAAGAACAGGAUCCAGCACCCCAGCAAUGUGCUCCAUUUCUUUAACGCUCCUCUGGAGGUGACAGAGGAUAACUUCUAUGAGAUCUGUGAUGAGCUGGGGGUGAAGAGACCAGCUUCAGUCAAGGUGUUUUCAGGAAAAAGUGAAAGGAGUUCCUCUGGGUUACUGGAGUGGGAAACCAAAGGGGAUGCCCUGGAGACUUUGGCAUUCCUCAACCAUUACCAGAUGAAAAACCCAAAUGGGCCGUAUCCUUACACACUGAAACUCUGCUUCUCAACUGCUCAGCACGCCUCGUAGGUUUUAUUUCGGUCCCUGCCAAGGAAGGCUUGCUCCGUUAUUUUUUCCCCUCCCCCCUUUCUGGCA